AUGGCUGAACCACCAAGUGCCUCUUCUCAAGAAGACCCUGAAGUCAUGCCUCGACAGCUGAGAUCGCCAACACCAGAAGAGGCUCAAUCGGAACUUGUGGAGCCAGCCUUGAUUGGGCCAUCUCAGGCUGGACCAGUUGCACAUUCUCCAUCUCCGUCUCAGCAAAGUCCUAGGCCGCCACGAUCUGGCACACCUAUUACCAAUGACAAUUUCACCGCCACGCCAUCAACGCCGAACCGUGAUGCAUCGGCCAUUGCGGAUCUCAACUAUGAUGACGAUGAGGAUUUUUUUCCUUCCCACGAUGAAAUACUGUCUCGCCCCGUCAUCAAGGAAGUACCAUUGACCCCAUUGACAGACAAUCGCAGUGAUGGUAAUAAGAUCGAAAAAGCAUCUCCUGGAAGCCAAGAGGAGGCUGAUGACUUGGAUGAUGAUCGCUACAUUUAUGAAAAGCCAGAGAGUGAUGAUGAAAAUACCUUUGAAGGGGAUGCAGAAACACUUUUUGUGCCGGAUUCAAAGAAGCGCAAAGGCCAAGGUAAAUCAACAGGCCCUCGAGCAAGAACUGCUAGAGAGUAUCACGCUCGCAAGAAUGCCAAGACACCCAAUGAGAAGAAGCGCGGGUGUACCUGGAAAAGGAAUCAGUUGAUAAAGCUGCGAGAGAAGAUGACGGCCUCCACCGAAGACAAGAAGCAGGAGAAAACUUCCUCGCGGAAGUUCAAGGGAGCAUUCAAUCCAUCAGUCUUUUUGAAUAGCAAGUCCACGAGAAAAGCAUCUCGGAAAGCAUCGCGUGGAUUCGGCACUAAGUCUGGCAUUACCACCAACAAAAAGCAAGGAUAUCUCGAAAUAUUCCUGGCUCGCUAUCCUCACUUGGAUCUACAUAGAUGCAAGACGGACUGGAGCGACCUUAGCAAGAAGAGUGCAAGUUUUGGCUAUGAUCGGAUGCAAAAACAUGGUGAUAUGUGGCUACUGAAGGGGAUGGAAACUUCAAUCUACAACCACCAAAUGAUGGGCAGCGCUUGGAUGAUCCAACGAGAAUGCUCCGCUGAAGGCCCGUAUGGGGGUAUCGUUGCCGAUGAUAUGGGAUCUGGGAAGACGGUAACUACAAUCACUACAAUUGUAGGAAAUCCUCAAGACCCGGGAAAACCCGUGAAAACCACGUUGGUCAUCGUACCACCAGGUCUUAGAGCCCAAUGGUGGGACGAGCUUGUCACGCAUGCACCAGAAGUCUCCAAGAUGUCGAUGGUGUACGACUCCAAAAACAUCGAUAAAUCUGGCGAAAAAUUGAGGAUGUGCGAAGUGGUCAUUACCAGCUACAAUGAAGUCAUCAAGAGUCUACCACAGCCAGAUGUCGGUACAAUUCAGGAGUGGACCGAUCAGAAACUUGAUGUUGAGCAAAUGACGUUCAAGUGGACUCAGGAGAAUAUGGAUGGUGCAGAAUUGCUCCAUCAAGUUCCUUGGUAUCGGAUCGUGAUUGACGAAGCUCAUAAUAUCAAGAAUCCUGAGACACGAUUGUUCAAAGCUGCAUAUUUCCUGGAUGGCGAACAUCGCUGGGUGUUAAGUGGUACGCCAAUCAUGAAUCGCUACGAAGAAUUUCAUUCUCUGUUCCGUUUCAUCAAGGAUCCCUUGACUGAAAGCAUGACAACUGCAGCAUUCCGGACUCAGUUCUGCAAUCCCAAGGAUAAAAUCUCGUGCCAAUCUUUGGGCCUUGCUCUUUCAGACAUUAUCAUUCGUCGUUCCAUCAACGACACCAUCAUGGAUGAGCCUAUCGUCAAACUCCCUCAGCUGUUCAAGGAGAUUCGCCAAGUCAAACGAUAUCUUCCUGAGCGCCUUUUGUAUACGAUGAUGCGAAAGUGUCUGCGGCAGCUAUGCAAUCGAUCAUUUAGAGCUGAUGACGAACGAAAGAAGUUGACCACACCGCUUCCUCAACUUACACUGAAAAAGCAGCUGAUUGCUCACCCUGACCUCGUCGGCAGAAAAAUCAUGGUUGUGCUGGGCAUUGCAGGGAUGAAAGAACUGAGGAACCAGCUUAACGAAAUCAAACUUGUCCGAAAGUCUAAACGCCUUGCUAAAGUCCUCCAAAACCGUCUCGAUACGUGGAUUGAGGCAAAGGAGAGAGAUGACUACAGGGAUAAGGACCCAGAUGAUGCGAUUUGCUUCUUGUGUGGGGAGCCUGAUGAAGAUCUCCAUGUCCUGAAGAAAUGUGAGCACAUUCUUUGCGAGAAUUGUCUUUCAUUAGACCAGAACAUAGUGGUCAAAGAGAAAGGCGAUACCGUCCAAGAGUUUCGUUUGUGCCCGCACUGCGAGGAGCCUUAUAAGAAUUCCGACAAGAAGCACCUCCUCCCAGAAGUGAAGCUCUCCACCUCCAAAGCCAAGAAGUCGGUACGAAAAGGAAAGGAUGCUAGAGAAUUCCGACCUGCCUUGAGUCCCAAUCAAGCCUGGCCCUUGGCGUGGCUGAAAUCAUUUGACAGAGAGAAGAGCGGUGCCAUGCUUCCUAGUGCAAAAUUACGCGGAACUCUUGAGCAGGUCGAGACUUGGCUGGAAGAGGCUCCCUCUGAUAAGAUCAUCGUCUUUACCCAAUUCAAGCUUUUCGCUAUUCAGGUUGGUAUCAUGCUCGAGAAGAAGAAGCAUAAGUUCGUUUACUACACUGGAGAUAUGUCGACGAAAGAUAGAGACGCUGCAAUUCGCAAGAUGAAAUUCGAUUCAACCGUCAAGGUCAUGAUUGCUGGCUUGAAGUGUGGAGGAAUUGGGCUCAAUUUUCAGUUUGCCAACAGAGGCAUCAUCACUGAUAUCUGGUGGAAUAAUUGCAUCGAUGAUCAGGCACUUUGUCGAUUCUACAGAAUGGGACAAGGAAAGCCAAGCUACUUGGUCAGAAUUGUGGUCACGAAGACAGUCGAUAGCAAGAUCAUCAAUUUGCAAGAAGACAAGAGAGAGGCUAUCGGCGACAUCAUGCAGGACAAGACCAUGGAGACCGACAAGUUUCUCGACGAGGUCUUGGACUUCUCCGAAGAUGAACCGGAUGAUGAUUCUGACACCAGUGACGAAGAGGAUGGUCAUACGUAUAACAGUGCUGACGAAGAUGGCUUCUAG